AUGACGUACAACUUACUCCGGCAGAGGGCCUACUGGUGCGGGAUGGGAAAUGAGGUGAUGGAUUAUUUGGCGUCCUGUAAGCGUUGUCAACUAAUGAAGGGAGAUACGCUAGGGGCAAUCCAUCCAACGGAACCUAUUCCUGUCCCAGAAAUGAGCGAGUUGUGGUCAGUAGACGUCAUGGGCCCCUUUUCGGUGGAAACCAUUGGGACUCAGUACAUCGUGAUAAUGACAGGACACCUGUCGCGAUGGAUUGAGGCGGCAGCUAUGCCUAAUCAGCGGGCGACGACGAUCAGCGGAGCGUUUGCAUGGUUGGAAGCCGCCGGUGUUCACAACUGCUCAUCGAUAUUUAACAACAAACCGUCAAAGAACUGGGCAGUUCUUGUCGCUGGUUCCGAGUCCUGGAUAAAUUAUCGACAUCAAGCGAACGUUUUUCACGCCUAUCACGUCUUGCGUGCAAACAAGAUCCCAGCGGAGAAUAUAAUCACCUUCGCCUACGAUGAUAUUGCAAACAAUCCCAAGAAUCCGUUCAAAGGCAAAGUGUUCAAUGACUACGAACAUGAAGAUGUGUACCAGGGUGUGGUCAUUGAUUACCGUGGAAAAGUAUGUGCUCAGCAAAACUGCCAAUUUUCAUUCUUUCAAUCCAGGAAUCCGUUCAAAGGCAAAGUGUUCAAUGACUACGAACAUGAAGAUGUGUACCAGGGUGUGGUCAUUGAUUACCGUGGAAAAGACGUCAAAGCGGACAUCUUCGCGAAAGUACUGAAAGGUGAUACGAAACUCGAAAAAAAAGGGAAGAAGGUGUUGAAAAGCGGUCCUGAUGAUAACGUUUUCAUCUUUUACACUGGCCACGGUGCGCUUCAAGCUAUUUCCUUCCCAUAUGGAUAUCUCCUUGCCACGGAACUGAACGAUAUCCUCGCCGACAUGUAUUUCAACAAAAAGUAUAACAAAUUGGUGAUUUACUUGGAUGCUUGCUCCGCUGGUUCUCUGUUUCGUGAUCUUCUUCCUUCAGACGUGGGAAUUUUUGUGGUAACUUCAUCCAAAGAAAAUGAAGAAAGCUGGUCUUCUUUUUGUAAUGACAAGCGAAUCGACAUUUGUCUGGCGACCGAAUACUCGUAUGCCUGGAUUACGGAUUCGGAAUUCAAUGACUUGACAAAGCGUACACUGGAUCAACAGUACGAGGAGGUGAGAAGGAGAACAAAAGAUAGUCACGUGAUGAAGUACGGUGAGAUGCCGAAUGUUGUAGAUAGAAGACCUUCCUCUCGGUUGCAUUUGUUCUCAAUGUCCCGACGCCUGACGGAGGCCACAAACGAGGAGGAACAUGAAAAAGCUUGGCGAAAGCUGCACCGUGCACUUCAGCUUCGACACGUCGUCAAGGAAACGUUUUACGACAUCGUAAUGGAUGUGAAAACCCACCAUAGGCCAACGGUAAAGCACUUGUCCAAGAGCGAUGAGGUCAUGUGUUUCAAGGAAGUAUUCGACCAGUUCCAGACGCACUGCUUCACAAUUCAGCGGGUCCCAGAGGUAGCUCAGCACACAGCUCAUCUAACGGAGCUGUGCAAAGCCGGAUACGAGACCGAAACCCUCAUCGAGUCUAUCCACAAACGCUGCUCCUAACGGACACGCAACAUGUUGAGUGAUUCUGCCAAAAUAAAAUGAAUUGCAACUGG